AUGGGUGUAGGUAUAUUAACCACUUACACGCAAAUAGCCAAUAUAUCCGGAUUGCACGGUUUAUUGGUCUAUACAUUGUGUGGAUCGAUCCCUAUUCUUGGGUUUGCUGUGUUUGGCCCAAUUAUCCGUAAAAGGUGUCCCGAUGGAUUUAUAUUGACAGAAUGGGUGAGACACAGGUUCGGUGUAGUUACUGCAUUAUACUUGUCCUUCUUCACAUGCCUUACAAUGUUUUUGUUCAUGGUGGGUGAACUCUCUGCAAUCAGAGGAGCUAUCGAAACACUUACGGGACUCAAUGCCUUGGGUGCAGUGAUUGUGGAAUGUGUUGUAACAACAAUAUAUACCUUCUUUGGUGGAUUCAGAGUUAGUUUUAUAACUGAUAAUUUCCAAGGUGCAUGUGUUUUGAUACUAAUCAUUAUUUGUGCUUGUGGUAUGGGUACAUAUAUCGAGAUUGACCCCAGCAAAGUUGGACCCUCGGGUCUACUCAAGGCUAACAAACUAGGUUGGCAAUUGGUUUACAUAUUGUUUGUUGCUAUUGUCACAAACGAUUGCUUUAUGUCCGGUUUCUGGUUGAGGACAUUUGCCAGUAAGACGGACAAGGAUCUUUGGAUUGGGUGCUCAAUUGCUGCAUUUGUCACGUUUGUGAUUUGUACCUUGGUGGGAACACCGGGGUUUUUGGCUGUUUGGUCAGGUGAUAUAACAGUUGGAGACGAAAAUGGGUAUAAUGCCUUUUUCAUCCUUUUGGCAAAGAUGCCAAGAUGGUUGGUUGCAUUUGUGUUGAUCUUUUGUAUCAUGUUAUCGACAUGUACUUUUGACUCGUUGCAGUCAGCCAUGGUUUCAACUAUUUCCAAUGAUGUGUUUAGAAACAAAUUGCACACUAAUUGGACAAGAGGCUUGGUGGUUCUUAUUUGUGUUCCAAUCGUCGUUUUGGCGGUGAAGGUUGCCGACGAUAUCUUGCAAAUCUAUUUGAUUGCCGACUUGGUUAGUGCAGCAAUCAUCCCAGCGGUGUUUUUAGGUUUGAGCAACACAUACUUUUGGUAUUUGCGUGGUAUUGAUGUCAUGUGCGGUGGUUUGGGUGCCUUACUUGGUGUUUUCAUCUUUGGCACAGUAUACUACCAUUCAGCAAGAGAAGGUGGCAAAUUGUUAUUGAUUUGGAAUGGUAUUUACAGUCCCGAAGAUUGGGGCGCGUUUGGUGCAUUUGUCAUUGCGCCAUUCGGGGGUUUGGUGAUUACCAUGGCUGUAGCAGGCGUGAGAAUUCUUGGGCUCUACUUGUAUUCAAAAAUUACAGGGAAACCAUUUACUGCGCUUGAAAAGCCUACACAGGUUAUAUACGUUGAUGAGCAAGAGCGUGAAACCGAGUCGCUCACAUCGAGCAGUAACAAAAACAUUACCGUUGAUGACACGUUUGAUUAUAACCAAGACGUUGAUAAGAAAGUGGUAUAA